CGCAAAGAAGAGAGAAAAGGAGGAAACUCAAAAACUAAAACCCUAGCCUACCGGAGAGAGCGCCGAGACGCCGGCUAGUCGGAGAGCGUGAGGUGGCUGCCCGCCGCCAAAGAUGUUCUCGCCGGCGAUCAGGAAGCCCCACCUCGUCCACCGCAGGGAGAGAGAGGAGGCGACGCCUUCACCACCACCUCCUGCUCCCGCCCACUCCCCAUCGCCUGGUGGAUUUGCGCUCUCCAAUCGCCCCGCCACCGGCACCCCGGCCCCAUGGACCUCCUCCUCCCUCCUCGCCAGGAUUUCGACAUCCAAGCAAACAGACAGGGCUGGCGAUUCUGACCAGAUCCAACCAGUGCGUGUAGCAGAGUUCCCCCAAAUCGUGAGGAAUGCACAAGCCAGCCUUCUGCAGAAGAAUUUUUCUGGCAAAAACACGCUUGUAGGUGGCAUUGACAAAGAAACAUCGCUUGCAUGGAUGAUAUGUGGAAAUGAGCUUUAUAUCUGGAGCUACUUGUCUUCUGUUUCCAAAGAUUGUCUUGUACUCGAUGUCCCGUCUUCUCUUAUGGGAAACAAAGACACAGAGUCCCUCUGUGGUAAUCAGUGGACGCUUUGCAUCAUGAGAUGGGGUAGUAGUACUGCAACAAGGAAGAGUGAAGAAAUGUUGCAUCGAAGAAGUUCGACCGGUGUUAUCCUCUGCAACAGAAGAACACAAGCUAUUGCUUAUUGGCCUGAUAUCUAUGAUGAAAGUAGCAAGAGUCCAGCUCUUAGUUUAUUUGACCACAGUGUCACAUCUCCAAGUGAUGGUAUAUCUGCAUGUUACAGGUUUAACUCGCUAAUUGCAACUUCCAUUCCAGGAGGCAUUCGUGAAUGUAUUGCGAUAGCUUCUGAGCCAACAGGCGCUUUAUGGUUGUUUCAGUGUUCACCGGCAGGGAUUCUUCGAAGAGAAGUUCAUCGUGAUACAUUAGGAGAUAAUGGUACUGACCAUCAUCAGAGAAAUGACGGUGGAAGAUCCCUGGCUUGGCUACCAAGUGACAUAUCAUCGGAGGCUGCUGACCGGAAAUUCUUUUUGUUGACUAACCAUGGGAUACAAUGUUGGAGCAUCUCACUCUUGCAUGGCAACAAUGUAAAGAAAUUAUUAUCUCAGGAAAUUGUUGGUACUGAUGGGGAGCUGGGCAUAAAAAGGGACAUAGCUGGUCAGAAGAACAUUUGGCUUUUGGACAUGCAGAUAGAUGAGCAUGGGAAGGAGUUCAGCAUUCUUGUCGCUACCUUGUGCAAAGAUCGGGUUAGCGGGUCAAACUACACUCAGUAUUCUCUUCUGACAAUGCUGUACAAAUCAAACCAAAAGUUCUCAUCUGAAGAUAAUGUGGCUAAAUGUGAAAGGUUUUUGGAGAAAAAAGCUCCUUCUCAGGUGAUAAUCCCUAAAGCUCGAGUGGAGGAUGAAGAUUUUUUGUUCUCCAUGAGGCUUAAAAGUGGUGGUAAACCUUCUGGUUCAGUGAUCAUCCUAUCAGGUGAUGGAACAGCAACGGUGGCCAUCUAUUGGAGAGGUUCUACCCGACUCUAUCAAUUUGAUCUGCCUUGGGAUGCUGGAAAGGUUUUGGAUGCUUCCAUCAUCCCAUCUGCUGAGGACAGAGAUGAAGGAGCUUGGGUUGUUCUGACAGAAAAGGCAGGAGUCUGGGCAAUACCUGAAAAGGCUGUAUUAGUUGGUGGGGUUGAGCCUCCAGAGCGCAGCUUAUCACGAAAAGGUAGCUGUAAUGAAGCGGUUGCUGAAGAGAAAAGGAGAAGUCAGGCAUUCAGCGCCAGCGUUGUUCCCAGAAGAGUUAGCUCUGAGGCUUGGAGUUCUGGUGACCGGCAAAGGCCAGCAUUCACUGGCAUAGCCCAACAGGUUGUGGUUGAUGAAGAGGCUGAGAUGUUACUCAAUCGAUUGUUUCAUGAUUUUAUUUUGUCUGGCGCAGUUCAUGAGGCACUUCAAAAGCUUAGAGUCGCAGGAGCAUUUGAGAAAGAGGGUGAGAUGAAUGUAUUUGUUCGAGUAAGCAAAUCCAUUGUAAACACAUUAUCUAAGCACUGGACAACUACUAGAGAAGCUGAAUUUCUUGCUUCAACAAUUGUUUCAUCCCUUUCCGAGAAGAGGCAAAAACAUGAGAAGUUCCUUCAAUUUCUUGUCGUGUCCAAGUGCCACGAAGAACUCUCGUCCAAACAUAGAGCUGCAAUGCUAAGUGUCAUGGAACAUGGAGAAAAGCUCUCUGGGGUGAUCCAGCUCAGAGAAUUACAAAAUGCGCUUAUCCAGCAGCGCUCAAGCACACACUUAUCACCUCAGUCCAAAACCCCAACUGCUGGUGCACUUUGGAAUCUCAUUCAGUUGGUUGGUGAGAAAGCUCGUCGGAACACUGUUCUAUUAAUGGAUCGUGAUAAUGCUGAAGUGUUCUACAGUAGAGUUUCUGAUAUAGAGGAUCUAUUUUACUGUUUGUCGCAUCAACUUCGGUAUAUUAUAACCGGAGAAGAGCACCCAUCUGUUCAGAUGCAACAUGCACUUGAGUUAUCAAAUGCUUGUGUCACUUUAGUUCAGGCAGCAUUGUACUACAGAGAGGAGCACAAGGAUUGGUAUCCUUCUCCUGAAGGACUGAUAACAUGGAACAGUCAGCCUGUUGUGCGGUCUGGGAUCUGGACUCUGGCAUCAUCUGUGAUGGAGCUUUUGAGAGAGCCAGGAGCUGCAGAUAUGCCUAUGAAAUCUAAUCUAUGGUCUCAGCUGGAAGGACUCACAGAUAUGCUAUUGGAGGGAUAUAUGGGCCUGUUAACAGCCAAAUUUGAACGUGGGGAGGAACAUGGUGGGCUAGUCCAAGAAUACUGUGAAAGGAGAGAUGAGCUUCUUGGAUCCCUUUAUGACCUUGCAAAACAAAUUAUAGAGGCAAAAUAUCAGGAGUCAAGAGAAGGCAAUGACAAUCUUGAUCUGAAAGAAUCUAUAUUUAGAGAGGUUACUUCUCCUAUUUUGGCAACAGCUAAACGGCAUGAAGGGUACCAAACGUUGUGGCAGAUUUGCUAUGAUAUCAGUGAUACGGUUCUCCUCCGCAAUCUUAUGCAUGAUAGUGUAGGACCUCAUGGCGGAUUCAGUUUCUACGUUUUUAAACAGCUAAUCAACAAUGGACAGCACGCUAAGUUGUUAAGGCUGGGUGAAGAAUUCCAGGAAGAGCUAGCUAGUUUUCUGAAAGACCGGAAAGAUCUAUUGUGGCUUCACGAGAUAUUCUUAAAUCAGUUCUCAACUGCUUCAGAGACUCUUCAUACCUGUGCUCUACGUCUGAGUUCCGGGGAAGAUGCUGACCUUACAAGCAACAGAAAGUCGAUGUCCUUUGUUGAAAGAAGACGUCUUCUCUAUCUCUCCAAAAUUGCUGCAACAGCAGGCAAGGAUGUUGAUUACGAAAUGAAGGUUGCACGGAUAGAUGCUGAUAUCCGGAUUCUAAAACUUCAGGAAGAGAUUGUUCAGCAUGAUCCAGAAUAUGCACAGGGUAAAUAUACAGGCAAGCUUCUUCGUCCAUCAGAACUGAUCGAGAUGUGCAUGAAGGGAGAUCGGGAGCUCUCUCUCAAAGCUUUUGAAGUGUUUGCCUGGACAAGCUCCUCAUUCCGAAGCUCCAACAGAGGCCUGCUAGAGAACUGCUGGACGAACGCAGCCAACCAGGAUGACUGGGUCCAGCUCUCACAGGCAUCCAUUUCGGAAGGGUGGAGCGACGAGGUCACCCAAGAAUCUCUUCAAGGAACGGCCCUCUUCAACGCCUCUAGGCUGUGCUAUAGCCAAGACGCGGUGGUGUUUGACGGCACAUUUGAGGAGGUGCUGCCUGUGAGGAAAGAGGACGUGUACGCGAGAGGCGUGGAGAGCAAAUGCUUCUCGGUGGAGGAAGUGCUGAUGCAGCACGAUGUUUUCCCGGAUGCUGGUAAACUGAUGAUGACGGCAGUGGUAAUGGGCAAGGAGCUAUCGUACACUGAACCGGCAGAUGAACCUGUGGAGAUGGACUCGUGAUAAUGUCAGAGGUGAAGGAAGACUUGUAGGGUAGGUGUCCUGCAUUUGUACUUUGUGAUGGCUGUCCAGUACUCUAGUUUGAUAACCACAUUCAGAGUUAUUUGGUUGGCCGGAGUAUGAAUUUUAAUGUUGCCUUUUUUUUUA